CAGCCCAUGGCACAAAGCAACUGCACCCAAGUGACCCAGUUCAUCCUGGUGGGGUUCACAGAGGAGCCGGUGACUCAGGGCAACUUGUUCCUGCUCUUCCUGCUCACCUACCUUGUCACCAUCGUGGGCAACCUGGGCAUCAUCAUCUUGAUCAGGGCCAGCCCCCACCUCCACUCCCCCAUGUAUUAUUUCCUGGGCAACCUGGCCUUUGUAGACCUCUGUUCUUCCACCAUCAUCACCCCCAAGAUGUUGGUUGACUUGAUGUUGGAGAAGAAGAGCAUUGCUUAUGCUGGGUGCGUGGCUCAGGUCUUCCUCUUUGAUCUUUUUGGGAUUACUGAAUGCUUCCUGCUGGCUUCGAUGGCCUAUGACCGUUAUGUGGCCAUUUGCCAUCCCCUGCUCUACCCCCUUGUCAUGUCCCCAAAGUGCUGUUUCCAGCUGGUGACUGGCUCCUACCUCAUGGGGCUGACCAAUGGUGUGAGACACACCAUCGGCAUGUCCACCCUGUCCUUCUGCAGCUCCAGCACCAUCAACCUCUUCUUCUGUGACAUUUCCCCUCUCAUCUCCCUCUCCACCUCCGACACCACCCUCAGCCACAUCAUCCUGACCACUGCAGCAUCUCUCCUUGGUGUGUCCAGCAGCCUGGUUGUCCUGCUCUCCUAUGUGGCCAUCAUCCUCACCAUCCUGAGCAUCAAUUCAGCCGAGGGCAAGCGCAAAGCCUUCUCCACCUGCACCUCCCACCUCGUGACUGUCAGUAUCUUCUAUGGGGCAUGCUUUUUUAUGUAUUUAUUCCCCAGCUCACACAGCUCAAGAGGAGCAGAUAAAUGGGCUGUGGUGAUCUACACCAUAGUGACUCCCAUGCUGAACCCCUUGAUCUACAGCCUGAGGAAUAAGGAGGUGAAGGAGGCUUUGAGGAGACUCUUGAAAAUAAAGUGA